CGUAGGGAUAACUGGCUUGUGGCACCCAAGCGUUCAUAGCGACGUUGCUUUUUGAUCCUUCGAUGCCGGCUCUUCCUAUCAUUGUGAAGCAGAAUUCACCAAGUGUUGGAUUGUUCACCCACCAAUAGGGAACGUGAUCUGGAUUUAGACCGUCGUGAGACAGGUUAGUUUUACCCUACUGAUGACAGCGUCGCGACAGUAAUCCAACCUAGUACGAGAGGAACCGUUGAUUCGCACAAUUGGUCAUCGCGCUUGGUUGAAAAGCCAGUGGCGCGAAGCUACCGUGCACUGGAUUAUGACUGAACGCCUCUAAGUCAGAAUCCGGGCUGUCACCGACGGGUGCAUUCGCUGCCCAUUUGCCGACAAGCGGGCGGAUGAGUCCGACGGGCCGCCUUGAAGUACUAUUCCUACCGAGCAGCGGAUAGAAUCCUUUGAAGACGACUUAAAUACGCGACGGGGUAUUGUAAGUGGCAGAGUGGCCUUGCUGCCAUGUUCCACUGAGAUUCAGCCCUAUGUCACUCCGAUUCGUCCCUCCCCAUCCUCAAAACUCCCCCAACAUCAAGCGAGGCUUAGACGCCACCAUCCAAGGCUUAAUAUGCCCAAGCCCCAAGAACCAAGUGCGUGGCAACAAUAUGAUGAUAGAUCAACUCUGUGCCCCUUAUAUGCCCCGGCUCACUAUGCCUCUAUUAUUUCUCAAGUCCCGGUCUAUCCAAAUCUCAUGCUUUCCAUGGCCAAGGCAUGUAUGAUGAUCCAUUGUGCCAAACACAUGAGCAAAUGUGUUGUCAUCAUGUUCAUCUCGCCAAGUGCACCCGGCAGAGAAACCCAAGUGCACCCGACCGAGAAACCCAAGUGCACUCUGCCGAGAAGGCAAGUGCACUCGGCUGCGAAGCCAAGUGCUCCCAGCCGCAAAUUCAAGUGCCCCCGGGCGCAAAUCCAAGUGCUCCAUGCCGCAAAUUCAAGUGCUCCCGGGCGCAAAUCAAAGUACUCCAGCUCGCAAAUCCAAGUGCUCCCGGGCGCAAAUCCAAUUGCUCCCGGCUGUAAAUCCAAGUGCUCCCGGCCGCAAAUCCAAGUGCUCCAGCCCUCAAAUUCAAGUGCUCCCGGCCGCAAAUCCAAGUGCUCUCGACCGCAAAUCUAAGUGCUUCCGACCGCAAAUCCGCAAAUCCAAGUGCUCCCGCCCGCAAAUCCAAGUGCUCCAGGCCGAAAAUUCAAGUGCUCCAGGCAGAAAAUUCAAGUGCUCCCAGCCGCAAAUCCAAGUGCUCCCGGACGCAAAUCCAAGUGCUCCAAGCCUCAAAUUCAAGUGCUCCCGGCCGCAAAUCCAAGAGCUCCAGGCCUCAAAUUCAAGUGCUCCCGGCCGCAAAUCCAAGUGCUCCAGGCCGCAAAUCCAAGUGCUCUAGGCCGCAAAUUCAAGUGCUCUCGGUCGCAAAUCCAAGUGCUCCAGGCUGCAAAUUCAAUUUCUCCCGACCGCAAAUCCAAGUGAUCCAGGCCUCAAAUCCAAGUGCUCCAUGCCGAAAAUCCAAGUGCUCCAUGCCGCAAAUCCAAGUGCUCCCGGCCGCAAAUCCAAGUGCUCCCGGCCGAAAAUCCAAGUGCUCUAGGCCGCAAAUCCAAGUGUUCCAGGGCGCAAAUCCAAGUGCUCUAGGCCGCAAAUUCAAGUGUACUCGGCCGAGAAUUUGCGGCCAGCUUGGGGAUUUUUGGCCUGUUUUGCAGCCUUGCCCUAUGCUAUGGCUGAAAACACAUGAGCAAACUUGGCUCAUUGAGGCUUAUCGGGCCGUUUCACCAAAAUUAACUCGAGUGCCACAAACGGCGUUGAAAUGCAUUGAAACAACAUUAGAAGUUGUCCAAACAUGAUUCAAUGAUCCAAAUAGUUAUUUCAUAAUGAUAUGCUAACACAUAAUAUUGGGCACUUAAACAUAGACCCACAUUAAGUCUUGGUUGUUAUGCGGCUUCAAUGGUACCGAGACCCUUUUUGAAGAGUUUGUAAAAUUUUGGCGUGACUUUCUCAAUAUUAUUGUCCCAUUCAAAUAUAUACAUGUUAAGGUGCUUCCAAAACAAAUUUCACAAAAUUUGGAGUUGUGUUGGUAUUUUUUUAGGUUUGGAAGUUUCGGCAAUAAAAAACUCAUAGACUAUAAUCUACAAAUCCAAACCUUGUGAAACUUUGCGGGAGACCUAGAAUUAGUGUCCUUAACAUUCAUGCAAAAAUUCGUGUCAAAAUUCCUUAAAUUGAAGAUUUUAUGGGGGUGUGACUCCUUGGACAUUGGCAUGUCAACCUCUGACAGUGUGCUUAAAACCUUAAGAGCUCUUUAGGGGGGUGGUGCUUGUCUGCCCCCAUGUGGUCCUAGGGAGGCCACGGCCAAUGAUGGACGGGGAUCUUGCCUCGUCUUUGGCCAGCCGAGGCAGUGAGGGAAUGUUUGUUGUGGGCAAAAAAGUGGGAUUAAACGU